UUGAAUUCCUCUGUAUCUGCUGGGGUGAUAACAAGGUGACAAAAAUGACAGAGACAUAUUGUGUCUUAAAAUAUGGGAUUUAUUCAGAAGCAUUUGGCAAUUCAAGAACCGAAUGCAAAGACCUUGUACUUUGUGACCUUCACCCUAGUAAGGCAAAAGAGGAGUUAUUCAACGGGAUCUGGCACCCCUGCACAAAGUCAGUAACAUGGAUUUUCUGCUGUCCCGCUGCUCUAAACUGUCAAACGCGCUCAUGAAAACCUACUCAGACUCUGCAGUUCGUCUCCGGAUUCUGCCGAGCACCACCUGCAUGUUUGACGAAGCUGUCGAGAUAAAACUGAGCGGUUUGACUCCUCAGCAACAUGUGGAGUUACAGUCCAACCUCCAGGACGACAGAGGAGUUCGUUUCAAAGCUACAGCCACAUAUCAGGCGGACGAGAAAGGAGAGGUUGACCUGAGCCGUCAUCCCUCUCUGGGGGGAAACUACACAGGUGUUGAACCGAUGGGUUUGUUUUGGUCGAUGCGGCCAGACGUGCCACAUAGUAUAGUGGUGAAGAGAGACGCGUCGACCCCCCUUAACUAUCACAUCGAGGCUUCUAGUGGAGGAGAAAUCCUCGCUAAGGAGACCAAUGAAAGGCACUUUACGGGCCCGGGAGUCCGAAGAGCUCCUGUGAGCGAUGGCAGGAUACGAGGAACCCUUUUCACACCGCCUGGAGAAGGCCCGUUCCCUGGAAUUAUAGAUCUAUAUACUUUGGGAGGCGGUAUGUGUGAGCCGCGAGCAGCUCUACUGGCAAGUAAAGGGUUUGAGGUGCUGGCCUUGGCUUACUAUGGUUACCAGGACUUGCCCAAAAAAGUUAAGAAGUUUGAUCUGGAGUACUUUGAAGAAGCUAUAACAUUCCUGCAAAGGCUACCUAAGGUCAGUGGAGUUAGACAUUUCUGUAAAUUUAACAGAAAAUCUCAUAAAUCAAAAGUACAAAGAAAUGGAAUAGGCAUACUGUCAAUCUCAAAGGGUGCAGAACUAGCUCUAUCAAUGGCAUCAUUCCUGCCUAACAUUAGAGCCACGGUCUGUAUCAAUGGCUGCAAUGCCAACGUUUUGUUCCCGCUCCACUACAAAGACAUGGUCAUCCCACCUCUUACAUUUAGUGCUAAAAACCUAGAUACAACUAAACCAGGUAUCCUGGAUGUCAGAGAUGUUCUAGAUGAUCCCAUGGUAAAGGAGAACUUUGCCACUGUCAUGAUUGAACGUGCCAGCUGCAGAUUCCUGUUCAUAGUGUCAGAAGAUGACAGGAACUGGAACAGUGCCUAUUAUGCAGAGCAAGCUUGCAACAUCCUCAAGGAACAUGGAAAAACAAACUAUGAAGUGGUGAGCUAUCCAAAAGCAGGGCACUUUUUGGAAGUUCCUUACAUGCCCCAUCAUCCAUCUGGAGUCCACCCUGCUGUGGGUAAAGUGGUUGCUUUUGGUGGAGAAAUGAAAGUCCAUGCAGCUGCACAGGUUGAUAUGUGGAGAAGAGUGCAGGAAUAUUUCAGAAAACACUUAUGGGGUCUCAGUGGUCCUCCAAAAUCUUCACUUUAGCCAGGGCAGCAGCUGAGGAAAGAGGAAGCUUGCAGAAAAAAACCUGAUUUCCUUAAAAGUGUAGGAGUUAAAAUUUCCGACCUGCAGUUUUAGGGGUUAAAUAGGUGAACUAUAGCAACACUGGAAUGAUUUUUUACCCUUUGGAUCUGCCUUCUAUUUCUGCACAUCAGCACAAAGCACGACCGUAGAAUCAGCAGUGCUUAACAGAGGUAAUUUAGAGUUUGCCAACAUUACCAAGCACUGUCUAGACUUCACUUUAUACCAGUGAGGUAGGCUAUUUAUUAAGGGUGUUGCUUGACUUUGUAUUUUGAUAUGGAUAAAAAGUAGCACAAAGAUGCUAACAGUGCCUUAGAGGAGAUCAAAAUACUCAAUAUAGCCUACUUCUCAGUAGAGCACAUUAAAUGUGGUUCAUUUCAUAUCUGAAACAAUUUCACAAGAUAGCUUAAGGAUAUAAUCAUCAAGAGAGGGCUACAAUACUGUCCCCCCUACAAAAUAGUUAUUCUAUUUGGUAAAUCAUAAUGACAUACCAUUAUAUUUCACUUGUUCAGAGAGACUUUUUGUCUAAUCAUGCUAUCCACAUACUCUCCGAAUACUUCUUUGUGCAGCAUUGGUGUUUGGCCAGAGCAAGCUCCCGUGUCUCUUUUGUCCUGGGAAAUAGCAAGGUUACAAGCCUACAUGCACUUGGUAUUCCGUUGAUAUCAACUUGCUGCUUGAGAACAAUCAAGAGUGUCUUUGCUGCCCUAUUUUUAAGUAAUUAGGACAGAAUGGAAAGUUUGAUUAAGAAGCCAACAUUAUCCUAUAUUAUGUAAAGUUUAAACUGUUUAAACUGUUAAUUUAAACUCUUUAUACGUAUCGAGUACCACAUGCCUGUCCUGGAGGAACGCUGCUAAUUCUGCGUCCAACUUUAAACAAUCCGUAUGUAAUAACUCCAUCUUUGAAAAGACAUUCCAGUGUUGAUUCUUGUUGUAGAAUGUUUCUUGUCAUUAUGUUUUAUGGCAGCACAGCAUACGGCACAGUACUAGAACCUGCUAGCAAAGAUCGCUAACCAGAUUCUGCCAUGUUUUCUUAGCCGGAUGGACAGAGAUGGGGGAGGAGUUAUGUAAUGUGUGGGAGGGUCUUAUAAUAUGACUGACCAGAUGUCACAGUAAAUUCAGACAAGCCCUCUGCUCCACCUUUCACUUACUAAACGAGUCUUUUCAGGCACAUAAUACACUUGUGCUGAUGCCAUAGCUAAAAUAACUAUUUUACACAUUGAAAAAUAGACUAAUGCACCUUUAUUAGCACACAUUUAGCAAACAUCCAAGCUAUGCUCUUUUUUCCGCUAAUUUAAUGUUAUUUCACAAUUGAUCUUCGGAUAAUAAACAGCAUUUUCACCACAACUUGUAGCGGACAGUAAUAGACAGUAACCUGGAAAAGUAUCUCUAACAGCUGCUUUGAAUGCUAUUAAGUUUAGCUAUAGCAGCAAGUAUAUGCAGGACUAAAAGGCUGUAGUUUGUAACCAUCAAUAUCUUAUGGUAUUAUUACAGCAGUGAUGAGCAAUGACUUCUUUAAAACUAUGACUGGCUUUCAGCAGUCAAAUCAAGGUCUGAUUUGAUUGGCCAAGUCUGACGCUGUGCUUUUCCCCAGCGUCCACCCGCAGAAGAUUGCCACGUCAGAUUGCCCGGUUUAAGGGAAGUCUUUGACACUUCCUUUAUCACCUGUUAAAUCAAAAACAUGGUGUCCAAAACAGUGCCCUAUUCACUUUAUAGUGCCCUUUUUUGAGAUUCAGCCAUUUUGUAUUGGUGUCUGAAAACAAUGUGCAGAAGAUCCAGUACACUCACACAAUCCCACAGUGCACUGCAAUAAGUAGUGUACACCAGAUGUAUCAUGGAGUACAGGGGAUACCCUUAUAGUGGUCUGGUGGGAUGAAGUUUAUAAUGUUUAGGCGAAAGAUUGACAUAGUGUCUGAAAUUCUUUACUACUUUCUGUUCACUAUAGUGGUGUUUUAUACAGUGAUCCAUGGUUUUCAGUGAGGGGGUAAGUGAUUUGGGGACCAUUUCAAACACUUGUCUGUAAACGCCAGAGGGCGUCCGUGAGCAAUCCUAAAUUAUUAAGGGUCAAUGGAGCUAAACGGCUUAAAAAAAGCUCAGUCAUUUUUAACCAUUUAUCCAGGAUCUUCCCUUAGCUUUGGAAAGUAGAAAGAUGUAUUUCGCUAAAAAAGCAAAAAAAUAAAGCACACCUGUAUAGUUCAUUUCCACAGCAAACAGGCUUUGGACAGGAGGAUGUUAGCAUUACUGCUACUGAGUGCUGAUUGGUUAACAUUACUGCUACUAAACGCUGAAUGGCUGUUCAGCUCACUGGCUGAGUGAAGCGGUUCACGCUCACUGAUGUCUUGACCAUGAAUGAGACACUGUUAUAAAGUCCUACUUGGAAUUCAGAAGCGCUUAAAAAUAAAACAGCAAUGUUAAAAUGUUUUGUGCUGCUCUGUGUUCAGGAUAUGAAUAUAUUCUUCUGCAUAAAAACGUUUAAGCAUUUACAAACUAUGAUUUUGCUCACAUGUUAUCUCUGCUGCUUCUCCUCCUGGGUCGCUGGAGCCUAUCCCAGCACCCUCUGGGCAGAAGGCAGGAAACACCCUGGACAGGCCACCAGUAAUCAGACAUACACAUUCACACCUAGGGUGAUUAAGCAUCUCCAGUUCGCCUGGCUGCAUGUCUUUGGACUGUGGGAGGAAACCCAUGCACACAGAGAACAUGCAUACUCUACACAGAAUGGACCCUGGUUGCCUGGCUGGGGAAUUGAACCCAGGCCCUUCUUGCUGUUAGAUGACAAUGCUACUUUGGACUCUUGGGUGCACAAUCUAGUGUUUCAAAAACCAGGAAGACAUUACUGGGUGGCAGUUCUCCUCUCUAUACAUUCUCUGGCCAUGUCCCCUUAUAUUAGAGAAUCUGUGUGUGAACCUAAGAGGGAUGUGUUUGUCAGGGGAAGUAGUUAGCAUUUAGCAUGCUAAAUAAAAGUGUUGCUUGUUUUUACAAACAGCUUUUAGAGUAAAACAUUCUAGAAUUAACCUCUUCCUCUCUAAAUCUAUACUAUUUGGGUGAUUUAUAUUGACUUGUUCGUCACAGUUAACUUGGCAUAUACAGAACAAUAUGACAAAAUACCCUCAUGUCCAAGAAAGAGGACAGAGACUAAUGAAAAAAGUAAUUAAGGGUGCCUUUGCAAAAAAAAAACAAAAGCUAUAUCCAGUAAAUAUAGCUGAUAUGUGAAUAUCUAUGAAUGAUCUGAAUAUAUAAUCGCUGUGCUCACUGUAUUUAGUUUCUGCCAUUAAAUGCUAUUAUCCAUUAAAUCUUACAGUAUUCUGAUGGAAUAAAUGAUUGAUUUCAAGUCUGAUUGAAUUGUUUCAGAGUUAACCAGUGUAUCACAAUUUUGCAACUUUAACUGAAGGGUUUAUUUUCAUCAAAUGCUACCUAGAGGUGCAGAGGCCUGUUCUGAGCAUGAGACCUGUUCUAGCACAGAAGGAAUUUAGACAACCGCUGAGGAAUUUCUAGAGUUUGUGAGAGGUUUACGAUGUAGACCUGUUUCAGAAAUGAUUAGCAUUUUCUUACUGAAGGUGAAUAACUCUUUGGAGAUGUACUGUAUUUGAAUGUAUUUUAUUGUUCUCAGUCUAACACAUAAACAGUUUGCUUUGUAAUGCAGUUAUGACAAUCCAGAGUCAUGUUUUCCAUAAUGUGGCACUGAUGUUACUGCAUUUGACACAGACAGUCGGGCUGCUGCAAGAUGAGCGUGUCACUGAAUAUCCAUUUCUUUAAUGCCCGAGUCUGAAGAGCUACUUUUAUUGGCUGUAGUUGACAGGAUAUUAUGCAAAUGAUGAUUGCAAUCAGUGACAACAUAGUGCUAGCUUGCUAAGCUAAGCAAAUUGCUUGAAAUGUACACUGUAAAAAAAGGGCUUUUUUUGGAAAUGGGGUUGUAUUUUAAUCAAAGAAUCUGUUUGACAUGAUAAAAAACAGUUUCUCAUCACAUGAGGUCAUUUUUUAGGUUGAAUGAAAAAAAAUGCAGUGCAGUUGAAAACAAUGUUGCUAAAGUACAUAUGAUUUGUAGAAAAAUGAGAUGUUUCGGAUGUAAGACCUGAAAAGUGUAAAAUGAGCUUUGAUCAUAACCGUCACCGAAAUGGCUCUGAUUUAAACCACAAAGUGUUGUAGUCGAAACCAUCAGCAUCAAGACCGAGACUAAAGUAGCCUAAAGGAGUCCAAGUCAAGACAGCAGAUCAGAUUAACUUUGUUUUUCAAAACAUUAAAAAAAAUUUGUAGUUUAUUUUACAUUCAUUAUACAUGAGAUAUAGCAUAUUAAUAAAUAAUAACACUGACCUAAGCAGUCUUGGGUGAAUUCUGCACACUAACCUUUGAGAGUGAAUGAUGGUAAAGUUAUAAGGUAUUAAGACAGUGUCUGUUGAGACAAAGACAUGUCCAACACUAAUAAUUAGUGGUCUCAAGGCUGGACUGGAGUUCAGGGUUCACUCAGAAAGCUUGUCCUUGCACAGCAUUGUGAAUUUGCCUCACUGAUUAAGCGUUGGCUUGGUCAAAAUAAGAUUAAUAUGAAUAGGCAGCCUGUUUAACAUAGUCUGUCUAAGAAGUGGGUCAGAUUUUAUGUCUCACUUACUUAAAAUGCUGCCUAUGAAGGCAGCUCGCUUAGACACAGCCUCAAUCUAAAGUGGCUUAACAGUGAAAUCUAUCUAUCUAUCCACCCCUCCAUCCAUCUAUCUAUCUAUCUAUCUAUCUAUCUAUCCACCCCUCCAUCCAUCCAUCUAUCUAUCAAUCUAUCUAUCUAUCUAUUUUAGUACGUUUCUCUUCAUAAUGGUACAUUGGGAGUAUGGUACAGAGGGAGUAAAUAUGGUAAGUAUGGUCAGAGUUGUUGUGAGGAGGCGUGUCUGUCCCAGCAGUGCCCUAAAGGCGCUGAGAGAGAGAGAGAGAGAGAGAGAGAGAGAGAGAGAGAGAGAGAGAGAAUAGAGGGAGAGAGAGAGAGAGAGAG